AUAAACACACACGCCAUCUGAACUAAAACUGACAACUUCCACGAGAGGCCACGCUCUUCUUUCUUCAAAUCGUGACCACGAUGUCUACACAUAAGAAGAAGACCAGGAAGCUCCGUGGUCAUGUCAGCCAUGGUCAUGGUCGUAUAGGUAAGCACAGGAAGCAUCCUGGUGGUCGAGGUAAUGCUGGUGGCAUGCAUCAUCACCGUAUUAACUUUGACAAAUACCAUCCUGGUUACUUUGGAAAGCUUGGUAUGCGAAAUUACCAUUUGAGACGCAAUACAAAGUGGUGCCCUGCUUUAAAUUUGGAUAAGUUGUGGACAUUAGUGUCAGAGCAAACCAGACUUAAGUAUAAGAAUUCUGAAACUAAAGUACCAGUAAUUGAUCUUGUAAAAGCGGGAUACUACAAACUUCUAGGAAAAGGACACCUUCCUAAACAACCAGUUAUUGUUAAAGCCAAAUUUUUCAGUAAAUUGGCAGAAGACAAAAUCAAGGCAGUUGGAGGUGCUUGUGUCCUGUGUGCAUAAGUAUGCAGGAACUGAAAUCUUGACGAUCAACCUGCUGUACAUUCUACUGCGUUUAUAUUCUUAAUAAAAUUUAAACAAAAAAAAAGAGUAAAUCUAUAAAA